CACCAGCGUUCAGUCUUGCUCCUUGUUCUUUCCACUGGUCUAAUGACCGUUACAUUCUGACACUUGAAUAGUCCAGCAAAUCUUCCCCUCAGUUUCAGGGUCCUGUUUCUCUCUCUAAAACCUCUCACUAAACCCUGGAACUUCCUCUAGAUUUCUGGGCAUUCUGUUCUUUCUCGUAAAGUUCUUCUCUUUACAAUGGAACCAGCAAAAAUAGAUUGGAAGAGUGUGGAGUCUGUAUUUGUUGAAGAUAAGUUGUAUGAGAAUAUAAAUGCGCCUAAAUGGGUUGAUUUCUUGACCCGUGAAGAUGAUGACUCCAUGGAUGAUGAGGCAUGGUUCUGUAAACCUGAUUGUGAACAUCCAAAGACUGCUGAGGAUUUCUUUAGAAUAACUCCAACUUCAAAGCUUUCACUCUCAGCUGAUAAAUCUAAGGGCUCUUUUGGCAGCGGGAACUUAAGAGAUGCAAAAUUGAAGAGGACAGGGCAAAGCCAGCAUUCAUUUGCAUGUAGUGAUAGAUCUAAAUUCAUUGAAGAUGGUGAAAAUCAUGAUCCAAAUUUAUCAACCCCACCAAAUCACCAAGCCAAGUUCAUCAAAGCAAUGACCAAAUCAAGCAGUGAAAAGCAGAAACCAGCUGAUGAUAUUUUGCAAACCAAUGAGGCAACAAGGCUAACAAGCACAUUAUCAGCGAAGAAUUUGUUCGCAGGGAAGGAAAUACUAUGUCAUAUUAGCGAGUUCUGCAAUGAAUUGAAGAAGAUGGCAAUGAGGGCAAGGGAGAGAGAAUGUGAUGAGAAGGAGAGUCAAGUGAGGGAGAAAAAAGAUUUGGUAAUGGUGAAUGGGAGUUCUAGAGAGGUUUUGGGAAAGGUGGAUGUGAAGGAGAACGAGCCGAAGCCAUUGCUUGAUUCAGGGAAGGAGAAAUCUGAAGGAAUUGAGAAAGGAAGUGUCAAAGAAAUGCAGAGGAGGAAGAUGAAAUUAAAUGAAAAUGCAGAGAACAUUCCAUUGCCACUAAAUUUGGAAAAUGUAAAGCACAAAGGAGAAGAGCGCUUGCUGCAAAUUCGAACCAAUCCUCCUUCUCCUCAAUGCUUUUCAGCCACUCGAGCACCCACCAAAACCACCCCUUCAAAGGCCUGCAAAUCCAGGCUUAUGGAGAGAGGCAUUCUUCAAGAGGUGAAGCAAAGUAAAGAAGUGGCAAAGGAGGAAACUGACGACAAAAACAGAAACUUUUCCAUUGUGGAUGGAAAAGAAACAAAAGCUUUGGAUGUAUUCUGGUUCCUGAAGCCAUGCACAAUGUCCAGCUAAAGAAUUGAUUGAACCUUAGCAAUAAUUUCUAAUUCAUUGAUUCUUUCCAUUCUUUCAUUAUUUCUCCAGUUGAAACUCAUCACAAUUCAUUUAUUUUUCUUGUUCAUAGGCCCAUACCUUCACAUGGUAGUCCUUGCUUGAUUCAUUUAUGGUCAAUAAGAGAAAAUGUACUUAAUCAUUCGAUCGUACUGGAAUUGCUUUUAGCAAAUGCAUUGUUGUACUUUUGACCUACAAAAUUUAUAGCUAAUGCAAAUGAGAAGUGAAAAUUCUAUAAUUUUUAUC